GCGUCUUUUUGCGAAGCCGGAGCCGCCUGCUGUGGCUCAGGUCAGCCUUCGUUUCAGGGUUGUAGCCGCCAUUGCCGCCUCUAAGGCGCUUCACGGCCCUUGCGAGAGAGCAGCCAUGAUCGUGGACAGUAGCCGGGACGGGCUGUUGGACGGUGACUGCGGCGCCAUGAGCAGCCCCCUUAACCUGGCCUUUUUCUACGGGGCCUCUCCCCGCUCCAGCGAGAGCAGCUGCUCGCCCAGCUACUCAGCUCCGGAGUCACCGGGGUCUGACUCGGAGUUCUCUGGUAGUGGCAGCAGCAGCAGCAGCAGCAGCAACGGCUCCCGCCGGAGUAGCGGCGAGGGUGGCAAGAGGCGUAACUCGAGGAGCGGAGCUCGCUCAGGUGGGCAAGUGGAACAACACAUGGGGGGAGGAAAGCAACAAAGAGGACCUUUCCAAGGUGUUCGCGUGAAAAACUCUGUGAAAGAACUGUUGUUGCACAUUAGAAGCAGCAAACAGAUGUCAUCAGAUCACGGUGCUGAUGAAUUAUUAAAGGCACAAGGAGGAACAGUGAAUUAUGACCCAUAUUCAGUAGAGUUGAAGAACAUAUUGAGUAAUGAUAGGAAAAGAAAAGCUCAUGAAUCUCUUUCUGAUGGAUCCUGCUAUAAAAGAGCAGCUGCUUUCCAGCCUCAUCUCUUGACACCUCCACAGACACCUACAUCAAUGGAUAACAACAUGGAAGAUACUCAAACAAAUGAUCCCAAACAAGACAGCAGCUGUGACAUGCUGCAGAACAUUAUCAAUAUUAAGAAUGAAUCCAGCCCUGUUUCUCUGAACACAGUGCAAGUUAACUGGCUUCACUCAAUAACUAAUUCUAAUUCACCACAGGAGCAAUAUCAAGAAAUUGCAGGAACACAGUCUUUCUCACCUCCUCAGAAGUACCAAAUGUUUCAAGGAAACAGUCACUCUCAAAUGUUGGAACCAUCCCAGAAUUACCAGUUUUCUCCCACACAGCCCCAGGAUUUGCCACAGCACUACAGCCAGAAUCCAUUGUUGGAAUACCGACCACAUUCUGCAAGCAGCCAGUCUUCUGACUAUCAGCAAAAUGUUUUUGAAAGCCAGGAAAUUCAGUAUUGCUCUACCCAAAGUUUUGCUGCUCUCUUAAGUGAUACAGAAGGGCUAGACAACCUCUCUGCUUCCCUCUGUCAGCCUUUGCCAGGAGGCCACCAACAAACAGAUACUGGUAGCCACCCUCAGAACUGUAGCCUGCUAUCAAAUAAUACCUGCAGUAGUCUUGAGGACCAUGGCUUAUCACUGGCUUCUUCAAAUAUUUCCACACAACACCAGAGUAUUGCUGGAAACACAGCACAGCUGGGCAAAUCAUUUUUCCAGUGGCAAGUGGAACAGGAAGAAAACAAAUUGGCCAACAUUUCACAUGAUCAAAUCCUUGCCAAAGAUGCAGAUGGCGACACGUUCCUCCACAUUGCUGUUGCCCAGGGACGACGGGCAGUUUCCUAUGUAUUGGCGAGAAAGAUGGCAGCCCUACACAUGCUUGAUAUUAAGGAGCACAAUGGCCAGAGUGCCCUGCAGGUAGCUGUGGCUGCAAACCAGCAUCUUAUUGUUCAUGACUUGGUUAGUCUUGGGGCACAAGUGAAUACUACAGACUGCUGGGGUAGAACCCCCUUGCAUGUAUGUGCUGAAAAAGGCCAUGCACAAGUCCUUCAGGCAAUCCAGAAAGGAGCCAUUGUAAGUGAUCAAUAUGUGGACUUGGAGGCAACCAACUAUGAUGGUCUGACAGCAUUGCACUGUGCGGUAGUGGUCCACAAUGCUAUAGUACAUGAGCUACAGAGCCAGCAGUCACCCCACACUCCUGAGGUCCAGGAACUGAGGUUGAGAAGUAAGAGGCUGGCAGACACAAUCAAAUUUCUAAUCCAGAUGGGGGCCUCUGUUGAAGCCAGAGAUCGUAAAAGUGGCCGCUCAGCCCUUCACUUGGCUGCUGAAGAAGCAAAUGUGGAACUCCUUCGUCUAUUUUUAGAAUUGCCCACCUGCCUUUCUUUCAUCAAUGCAAAAGCUUACAAUGGUAAUACAGCACUCCAUGUAGCUGCCAGUUUGCAGCAUCGGAUGAGUCAGCUGGAUGCAGUUCGGUUGUUGAUGAGAAAAGGAGCUGAUCCAAGUGCCAGAAACUUGGAGAAUGAGCAGCCAGUUCACUUGGUUCCUGAUGGCCCUGUAGGAGUUGAGAUAAGACGUAUCUUGAAGGGGAAGACGGUUCAGCAGAGAUCAUCAGUCUACUAAGCUCCAUGAAUACCGACGACUUAUACUCACUGUCAGUUAGGCAGUCCUAAUGUAACUGUAAAUAGACCAUUUGUCCCAUUGAGGCAAAUGUUAGUUGUUUCUAUGAAACAAACAUAUUUUGUUCACUAUUAUAUAGUGGGUUAAUGACAAUUCUUCUGAACAGAUGGGAAUUUUCAUACCCAGGUAUUCUGGAUCGUCAUCUGAAUUCAGUUUUGCAGUUAUGGCGAAAUAACUAACUUACAACCAUGGUGUAACAAAUGUCAAUUAAGAAUAAUUGUGAUACUUCUAUAAAAGAAAUGUAAAAUGCUCUACAAGAUGUUUAUGAACUGAAAUACAAACUUUUAAGAAUACUAACGUGAUUUUACUGGAAAAAUUAUAUAGUUUUUUCUGCUUAAAUCAUGCUACAUAACUUUAGUUUUUGAAUUCUAAUAAUAUGCUGAUGUUAAAGGAUUUUGAGUUUUUAGAAUUAUAUUAGAUUUAUAACAAUUGAAUGCCACUUCGAGUACGUGUACAAAUGGAAUAAGAUUUUAUGGGGCACACUUAAUAUACUGAUUUUGAGGGGGGGCAUUUCUCUCUGCAGUUUUUGUUGGUCACAGAAAAACUCAUGAAAAUUAUUUGGCUGUAUGGUAUUUAUCCUUUCUAAAACUAUUUAGCUUUCAGUUGAUUGGAACAAUGUUUGACAUUUACCAUAAAUCCACUUAUUCUCAGAUUCUCUUACAUAUGCUUCAGUGAACAGAAAUUAGAAAGCUUUAAAGGUGGUUUAAAGUUACCUGUUCAUUUUGCAUUUAAGAGGAGAAAGGAGCAGAAAUGUACUGGUUAAAAGUUUGAGGGUGACAUCAAGGCACCCAGGAUGGUGGAAUCCCAAGCAGGUUGUGAAGAACUCCAAAACGACCUCUCCACACUGUAUGCAUAGCCAAUAAAAUGGCAAAUAGGGUUUACUGUAGAUAGGUAUUAGUGAUGAAUACUUUUAGGGGGGAGCGCGGGGAUAAAAUCUCAACAUUACAAAUGCCAGCUUCCCUGAGGAUUUGGACUGGUUUUGGAAUGUUUUCAGGGUUGUGUAUGGAUUAAUGAAAAUAACAACUCUGUAUUAGCAAUGGAGAAGUUCUGUGUUACAGAUUGUUAGGAAAGCAGUUGAAACAAAAACAGCCAUUAUUGUGAUAUCAUUACAAAAUAGGUAGUGAGGCUACACUGAAUGUAAGGAGAGAGAAAAGAAAAAUACUUCUUCAUGCAUUGCAUAAUAUAUUUAUGAGAUUCACAACAAGCUGUUGUGAUGAUUAACAGCUUGGCUUUAAAAAGGAAUUUGACAACAUUCCUAGAAUCAAUGGCCAUGAUAACCUAAUUAAGCCUCCGUCUUGUCUUCGGAGGCAGUGUACCUCUUAAUACAAGUCUCUGGGGGGAUGCACAAAAGGCUACUGCCACAAAUCUCGGCUUGUGAGCUUGCUGGAAGAAUUUGGCUGUAGAAAAAAGGAUGUUUGACUAGUUGGAGCCAUCUGAUCUAGCAGAUCUCAUGUUUUUAUGCUGAACUUAUCUCUCUGUUCUUGAAUUGAGAAGAAAUAUUUCUCAGGGCUUUGCAAAAGUUUAGGUAUAUUGUAUUACUUUACCUUAUAGGUAUAGUAGGCUGUCAAGUUUUAAUGUUUCAAGACAGGUAGCUUAUUUUUUUGCCAGAGUUUUACUUGUAUUUCAAAGAAUGUAAAUAGAAUGUAUCAAACAACUAUAUAGUCCUUUCUGUCUCAGUAAAAUGUUUCCAAAUUUAGUCUGAUUGUAUAUUUUCCUUUGGAGUUAUUCUUCUGUAUUGUACAUUCUUUGCUAUAGUAAAUUUGAUCAUAUUGUUUGACCAAAAAGUAUGUCUUGUAGACAAUUAAUCAGUGAGAUUGUACCUCUAAAUAUCAAAGCAGUGCUUAUUCUUGUAAUAUUAAAUACGAAGUUGGAAAUAAACUUGUUUAGUCAAUAACAGUGAA